AUGGCUCGCCAUGGACAUCGCCAUUCUAGGGUUGACAGGAUGAUUAGUGCGAAGCAUCAUAUGGAAGCAAUUCAAGAUGAUGAAGAACUGGGUGAGAACUCAGCGGACAUAUCGGCACCCAAUAUCCACACAGUGGGCACAAUUCAAAAUCCUCUCUCACCACCGGACUCCCUUUCAUCUGAUGAUUUGUGUAGUCCAUCAUCAAAAAUCACUUGUCUGAAGGAUCUGACUGAUAUCACGGAAGAUCUACUUGCUAGACGGCAAGCAGAGACUACUUCAGCCUCAGCCGCGCCAGUGCAAACGGUAGUCCAGGUUGUUGAUACUGAUUCCCAGACUUUAUGGCAAUCAUCGGGAACAGAAUUCCCCAUGACAGUGUCAAACUCAGCUUUUGGCGAAAUCACAUUCUCAGGAAGCUCUGUUUCCACCCUGACAAACUCCACUAUGGCAACUCCAACGGCUAGUUUGACUUCAACCCCAUCCAACAACUCGACUUCCACGCAGUCUACAGCUACCAGCAAACAGCGUAUUCCUGCUUCCUCCCCUCGCGUGUUUCCUGUCACUGGCGCGCAAGCUUCUUCGACCCCUCUGAUUUCAGUUGCAAGUACAACUACUACAUCAUCCACCACUAGUUCUCUUCCUCCGAAUGACUACUACUAUCCUUCAUCUACCUCAACUACUUUUACCUUUACUUUUACUGGCGCGCCUACCAGCUCUUCCAUCGACUCGUACUGGUCAAGUACUAUCCAGUCAUCUUCAUCAUCCACGAAUGUGUACGGUGGCGCAGCGCAAACAGGCACCAGUUCUAGCUCUGGAAAUGGAGAUGGUUCGGGCUCAUCCACAAACUCCGGGUCCUCGGGCUCAGGGUCAUCCAUCAGCCCAACUACAUCUAAGAUUGUCGGUGGUGUUGUGGGUAGUGUCGCGGGUCUUGCACUUCUUGUUUUCUGUGUACUCUACUUCCUCCGUCGCAAAGGAUAUCUUCAAAACUUUAUGAAGGGUAAGGGCACACAGACCCUUCCGUCGAGUGAUAUGGGAGCUGCCGGUAGUAUGGAGACCGCUGAACGAGACGGACACUCGAAUCCUUUCAACGCAGCUUAUCUUGCUCCUGCAUUCAUGAAACGCUGGCGUCAGUCGACGAUGACAACCGCAACUGAAAGCACCAUCGACUCCGGGUCAAGUGAACGCGGAUUUCAGAAGAUCUCUGGUCGCAAAAUCCCUCCCGUUCUCACUCACGGAGGAGAUGGCUACGGCGGUGGAUUAGGUGGUGAUUCUCCUACUAUUCCGGACUGUCUGAUUGGCAUAUCACCUACAUCCCCAACCGGAGGACCAUUAUCAUCUCUUACCACCCACGGUCCCCCUCCAACCUCCCCAUUCGGCUCUCCGUUAGAUGCAACCUACACUCGAGAGGCGGAAGAGACCCUUGCACCGCUACGACCUUCAAGGGUCCAUCUCCCGGUGUCCAGUUCAGUUAACUUUGGCAUUGCCACCACGGUCACCCCAUCCCACCCUAUUGCACAGCCACAAAGUGCAAUCCCUCUUCCCCGGCCAGAUGCGCUGGGCAGGAGUCACCUGGAUGGCAGUCGAGGGAGCCGUUUCACGGAGAGUCUGUGA